AUGCCACCAGACCUUGACGUUGAAAGAAAACUAGCCAACAUUACAGUGAUUAAAAACAAAAACAAAGUAAUGUCAAAAAGCGUCAACAAAACCGACACUACCAAUACAAACGAGAUAACAAGCUUACCGACUAGUACAGACCACACGGUGCUUCAAGAAACCUCUGAGACAGACAAGACGGUUUCUCAUAGCCAAGUAGCUACGGAAUCUCCAAAGAACAGUGCCACUUCAUUGCCUAAAAAAACGUUAACAGAAGCCACGAUAGGAUUAGAAAUAUCAGGUUCAGAGAUUGAAAGAAGUCAGACAAACUCAGCCAAAAAUAGUACAGAAAUCAGACCAAAACAGAACAAUCAACGUGCAACAACUGGCAAAAAGUCAAGUAAAACACCAACUGUAGAAGAGAAAGUCAAUGUAACAACAAUCACAUCCAAAUCAGAGUUCGAUACCACAACGAUAUUAUCCCCUAGUAUUGGUCAACCUGUUGACUCUUCUGUAAAACCUACAACCUCUACAGAAGUUUCAAUUGGGUUGGAAAUAUCGGGCUUGGAUCUUGGAAGAAUACCACCUAAUAAUGCGACAGACAGAGCGGAUAUAGAACAUUUUAAACAAAAAAAUAAAAUAGAAAACCAGACAAUUUAUAAUAGUGAAACACCAACCUUACCUGCAGGUGUAAGAAGAGAAGAAAUAAACAAAGAAGAGUUGCAGAAACUCCAAAAGAAGGUAAAUGAUAGUACUACUGAACGCCCAGAUAGUACUAGUGCUUAUUUGAUACCUGCAAAGAGCGUUACAGAAUCUACAGAAGCUUCAGUUGGUCUAAAAAUAUCUGGUAAUGAUGUUGUUAGCAGAGAAAUACCACAAACUCCUGUCACCGACAAAUCUUCAAGGCCUCUAGAAACUAUUUUGUCAAGUACAGGCUCUUCUGGUAGAGGUACUACAACCAGUCUGCCUCAAGUUACAAAUAAAGCACACUUAAAGCUAAAGAACUAUACCAAGUCGAAAGAGUACUCUAAAAUUAGUGUUACGGCUUCACCAGAUGAGAGUGUUGAAAGUGAGCCAAACUUACCUUUUUCAUCAACAUCUUCAGUUGGUCUAGAAAUAUCUGGAAACGACAUAAAAGAGACUGAAAGUGACCAAACUACUGAAAGACCCAAAAACAGAUUCGACAUGGCUAUUACAACAGUUCAAGAACCAGAAAAACAUAACAUUAAGGUACAUAAGUCAGACGUAACAAAAAGUGCUGAUAAAGUCGAAGAGAAAGCUAAUAACAACCCAGUUAACAACGAAAGCACAACCAUAAAGUCACUUAAAACACAUCAAGCUAAAAAUCAAAAUCCAGGAGGUAAUGAUAACAAAAUGGUCGAUAAUAGAAUCCAUGCAUUAAAUGGUGCCGGAAAACAAACCACUCAUACCAUGUCAAAUGAAGUCAAUACUAAACCGUCUAAGAAUACAAAACAUUCAUCAGAAGUUGGUUGGGAAAUUUUUGGCAAAGGUACUCAAACAAAAGAAAGUAUUUAUACUGAUACUACAAAAAGUGACAUAGAAGUACCAAUCAACUUUGCGCCUACUUUAAGUCCAGAUGUAGCCACUUUAAGUACUACAAUGCCAUCAACGACAAACAAAAUUACAACAAAUAUUGUUCGUAACCAAACUGCUACUAAAGAACCAAGUGACAUAACAAAUACACGUUUAGUAAGUAUGUCUGAUACAACUACAACAACUCCUAACAAAGAAUCAACCGUUUCACAACCUUCAAACAUGUACAACAAGUUUACAAACGAUAAAACAGUUAACCAAAAGUCUGAUAAUAACCCCACUACUGGCACUGAAUCCUUCGCUGAAAGUACGGUAACAAUAACUUCAGUUACUAGAACCGCCAAAAAUAGUACUAAAUCAACUUCGAUAACAGAUGACACGCAAAAUCUUUUGCAGCUUACUACUAAAAAGCCAACAAUCAUAAAGCCAGAAAACCAAGGUCCAAACGAAGUAGAAAUUACAGUAAGAACAGGAUACAAGAUCAAUGAAAGACCGACCAAAAAACCGGAAGAUAAAAAUGAAAAGACAGAUAAAGCAAUACCUCAAAACAGCUGGCCAUAUAAUAUCAACAACAUUACAAAGUCCACUCGCGUAAAUUAUCAAACUACUGAAGCUACAGUAAACUCCAAAUCCGUAACUUCAAGUGUCAAUAGCAAUUUAAGACCUGAGAGUUUUGAAGGCACAACUUUGAGGUUUAAUGAUAUUAAUCAAACCUCACAACCAAGUCAUUCAGAAUUCAAAGAAACAAUGACAACAGAAUCUCCUAAAAAAGCUGUUGAAUCCACAACUAAUCCGUCUAUCACGAAAACGACUUUGAAAGAUAAUAAAAAAGAAACCAAGGGUUCGCAAAAUCCCACCUCAACAGCAGUAAAUAAUGAAACAACGGCAAAUACUUAUGUUGAAAAUGCUUCUACUACAACCUCAACACACACAAAUUCAGUCGAAACACAAGUAAAGUCUUCGACAAAAGUUUCAAUUGACAGACAGCAAAAAGCGUCAACUUUGUCACCAUUCGACGUUAAGAACAUAAACGGAGAAAUGGGCACUUUACCAAAUUCUGUAAACAAUAUGUCAACCAGUAGUGUUAAAAAUGUGAAGUCGACUGAGGAAAAGAUAAAAGAAAGUGUUACGCCACGAGUUUUGCUAGAAGGUUCUACAAAACCUUUCCUUUCAAAGAACGAUACAUCAAAAACGAGAGAUACAGAAUCACUAUAUGAAUAUGCAAGUAAAAAAACUAAAACUGACACUGGCAUUGCAAAAGAACGUAAAACAACAUUGUCUUCAACUGAACAACACAAUUUAAAUGUACCACCAGAGUUAACAGCUAGCACCAAAGUACCUUCAAGUAAAUUUACUACCGAAAGCUCAGACUUUACGCAACAAACCGUCAGUUUUGAAACCACAGCAAACUCAACUUUGCAAAAUGUUACAAAAAAGCCGUUGGCAAAAACUACAGUUGAUGACAAAAGUAAUGUCAUAUCAAGUUCCACAAUUUAUACAAAAAACCCAAAGGUGAAUCACGGUCUUAAAAGAACGAGUACAAUUGCUAUCACAGGCUCAAAUAACAGUGGAGUAAGACCAACAACUGGAAAAGAAGUUACAACUACUUUUAGUAAUACAUUAAAAGGUCAAAGCACAACUGAUGUUAACAAUGAAAAAAGUAAUGAAGUAUUGUCCUCUUCAACCAAUAGAAUGCCUGACGAUGAUAAACAAGAAGCUACAACUAGGUCUACUGUAGAAACAAAAAAGAGCAAACUUUUGAAAACUAAAACGCCGUCAUUAUCAUCUACCACGCCACAAUCUGAGCCUCAAUUGCCAAGUAUGCCUACUCUAAUGCCAGACGAUACAACUAAGAUUGUGACUAGCAAUCCAGAAUCAAGAACAUAUAAAGAAAGAAUGGCUUCAGAAGGCACAACUACCGUCCGACCUAAUAAAGUAAGCAGUGCCAAGUCAGAGUUUAACACACCUGUAGAAAAGGUUACAUUAACGCAAGAAGGCUACCAUCCUAAAGAUGUAAACAAUGUUGUCACAACGAUACCAUUUGAAAAGAGUGAAGUUAACUCAAUUACGACUAACAGUAGUAACAAUGCACCAAAAACAUCAAAUAACACUACACUAGAAAACAAUGUCAUUACAGUUGAGCCAGAAAAAUCUACAACGAGUUCUAGCAAAAAGAAAGCAGACAAAUCCACCAGUGAUGAAACAUUACAACAUAAAGAGUUGCCUGAUCAGCCUAGUGUAACUACUGUCAAAGUUACGCUACUUUCUGAAUCAGUCACCACAAAACCAUCAGAUACUCCUAGAAGUACAGUAACUUUAAAAUCUUCAAAGCAAAGAAACGGUAGUACUAAAUCGCCAAAUCUUUCAUCAUCUACAGUAACACAAUUGUCAAAGUCAACAAAAAGUGAAGUCUUACAAACCACUUUGAGCCCCACUACCUAUACAGUAGAAAAAGAAACAACAGCAGCUUCAAUACCAUCAACUAAAAAACCUAAGGUAGCUUCAAGACCUUCAGCUGAAGAAACUACAGUAGCUUCCAUACCAUCAACUGAAGAAAUUACAGUAGCUUCAACAUCUUCAACUAAAGAAACUACAGUAGCUUCCAUACCAUCAACUGAAAAAACUACAGUAGCUUCAAUACCUUCAACUGCAGUUGAUAGCCUGAUUACUAGCCCAAUACCGCCAAAACCAACUGAAAGUGAUCAAACUCCUAAGACCAGCAUAAAAUCCAAUGUUCUGACAUCUGUAACAAAUAAUACAGAAAAAGAAUUAGAGGAUGAAGUUGCAUUUACGCGAGAAACUACAACGAUAAAGCCCAAUGAAGCUACAAAAUCUCAAGAAGUGCAUAAUAAACAGACCACAUGGCAUGACAAGGCAAUAAGUUCUACAAAAACUAUCCAGAAUCAAGAAACAAGUACUAUAACUGUUGACAAUUCAAAAUUAUCAACCUCCACAGCUCGAGCACGUCAUUUCACACAAGUUCAUAAUAAGCCGAUUACUACUGAAACACACCCAGCUAGUACUGAACCUAAAGGCUUGAACGACAAAACGAGUACAACUAUAGGUAACAAAACCAUAUCAGAAGAAAUUGCUGUCAUUACAACAACGCCAAAAGUGUCAACUCAGGAAAUUAAAACAAAGCACAUUAAAAGCACAUCUAACUAUAAAGAAGUCAACUCUAACAAAGACAAAAAAAUUAUAGAACCUGACUCUAACACUACAGUAAUACCGGAAAGUGAUACGAGCAGAAUAAACCAUAGCGCUACAAAAGAUUCAUUGUCAACUACAACGUCAGAACCUGCAAAGAAAGGUGAAAUAACUGCAACGGUCAAGCCAACAAAAGACAUUGAUUUUGAUGCUAAGGAAGUUGAAAAAAGUACUAUUAGAACGUCUAACAGCAAAGUCAUUACUUCAACGACUUCUAAACCAGAAAGUGUUUCAUCAACCAAUUCUACGAUAAAAGAAGGCAGUGAUAAAAACAACGUAACGAAAUCACCAAACUUUACUGUUGACCUAGUUGACACAACAACAACCAAACAUGUGUCGGUGUCCAUAGAGAAACUAGCCACCUCGGUUACACUGUCACAAUCAAGCCAACCAGAUAGCCAUGAAAAGAUUGAAGCUGUCACGCCAGGAUUACAAACUUCCGAAGAACCAGUAAAUAAAAUCGAAAAACUGAAGAACAAUAAAAAAAUUGUUAUUGACAAAAACCGUACCAUACAACCACCAAGUAGUGGCAUUAGUGCUUCCAAAUCAAACUUAAAGCCAACAGAAAGCUUUGAAAAGGGCAGCAAUUCAAACGUUAAUACCCAGGAUAAUAAUAACAUAACAUCAGAUGCCAGCACAAAACAGUUUUCUGUACCAGUGACUCAAGUUUCUUCACUAUCAUACACAAACUCACAAAGUUCAAACCCUAUAAAGCACAGUACAACACAAACCCCAGGCACCACAAAAACAACACAUUCACCUUACAGUGUCCCACAUGAAGAUGGAGACUAUCCUGACCACGUUCACAAAGAAGAGUCACGUUAUCACAGCACGAUCACAAAUACAGUAUCUAAAUCUACUCAAAUUCCAGAAUUUAUCGACAUUUUCCCUGUCAAUUCGAAUACUGGAAAAGAUUCUCAGUUCGUCCCGACUACAAGUUCGCCACGUAAGUUUUCAUUUUAAAUAUAUUUUUAGAAAUUAAAUUUUAAAAAUGUUUAUUGUAUAUAUAAUAUGUAAACAUAAGAAAUCUAAUUAUUAAUCACCAAUUUCAGGUUCUAAAUUUUUGCUUUUUCAAGUUUUAAACCUUCAUUAACAUUUUAAUUUUUACUUCCAAAUACUUUAACAUAACCACCAUUACCUGAGUAAUCCUCUACUUUCAGACUACACCAAACUACAACGUGAAACCACUCACGAUGGUGAUGAUGUGACUGAAGAUGCCUUGAAGAACACCUUUGGUCUUGUCAUAUCUGGCCAUCCUGAAGCAACAACAUCUGAAUUUGGACUAGUCAUUGGUCGAUUGGCACCAACAGAAGAACCAACGGUACCAGAGCUGGAAGAAGUGCUACCAGAAGGAAUUGUGCCCCAAGACAAGUCAAGUGAACUUGUUGAAGUUGACGAAGCUACAGAAACUCCAGAGAAUCUACUUCAGAAAGUAAAUGAUCUACUGGUCAAACAAGGUCAUGAGCCCAUAUCUACAGAAGCUCCGGUUACUGUAUCUGACAAGAAACUGGUUGAGGAAGCUUUGAGGAUCAUUCAAGGUCUACAGGCCAAUAAAAAGACUCAAGACAUUAAAGGCGGUCUGGAAGGGUUCAAGACACCUGAAGAUGAAGAUAUUGGAAACGACUUCAAUAGUAAAGGAAAGAAGGUACAGUGGAGGAACAGAACGGUCGAAGAAGGCAGUCGACUCAACAUUGGCCUCCCAACCAACGGUGACCUUCAAAAGCUACGUUCCUUGUUACCAGAAGCCGAGGAAGAGACAUCAACACCUUUUGAUAGAAAUUCGAAAGUGGGUAAAAAUCAAAAAAGUAGUCUACCAUCAGAUACCAAUCAUCCAGAUUGGCCUGAAAUCACAACUGACGACACAGACUUUGAAUCUCUUGACCGUGAAGAACUUCUACAAAGACUCAAAGCUUUUACUAAGUCCAGAAACAUUGUUACAGUAGCUACCACGCAACCAAGUGUACCUAAAGAAGAUGGGAAAACACCAGAAAUAGUGAUUGAUACUGAAGAUUUGGAAAAGUUAGAAAGACCGGAACUAAUCAACCGGUUGAAAAAGCUUCUGCAAUUAGCUCUGCCAGAAAUCGCGAUUGAUGAAACAAACUUUGAAACUCUGGAAAAAGAAGAGUUGAUACAGAAGAUCAAAGAAGUCUCUGCUCUCACUAAAGUUCCUACUCUGACUCCGCUAUCUACCGUACCAACAGAAUCUACAGUAGUCCCAUUGUCAGCAAAAACACCACUAUCUACAGUAAUCCCACCCGAGAUUACGAUCGAUGUGGAAGAUGUUGAUGUGCUGAACAAAGAAGAGAUUAUUGCCAGACUAAAACUGAUACAAGAAGCCAUGAAGAAGGAUAAGAUAACAUUGACAAAACUACCAACUACAACGCCACUUCAGAUAGUGCCAGAUCACGUAGCCACUGAUAAUAUUGACAUCGAUGACCUUAUCCCUUCUACUACACCAAGUUCGAACUCUGUUGAACACAAUGAACAUGGUCUAGUUAUUUCCGGAGAAAAUGUUAAACCAAUAAAUGUUAAAAAUCUACCAUCAAUCUCACAGCCAGUACCAAAAGUACCAAUCGACAUUGAUGACAUAGAAAGCUUCCCAUUAAACAAGGCUGACUCUGGAAAGAAAGAAGGCUUUGCCAAGAACCGCGAAUUCAAAUUCGAAUCAGGAACACUUGGCCAAAACACUCUUUCCAAAGCAAAUGAGACGUUACAGCCUAACGAACAAGGCUUAGUCAUCUCUGGAAGUGGCAUAAAGUCAAGCCAGCCCGACGGUUCACAGCAGCCAGAAAUGCCUCGAGGUAACAUUGGAGUUUCUCCGAAAGACUUUGAUAAUACUCAACCUAAGAACGGCAUUGAUGCUGAUGGAUCUUCACCUGCUAACCCUAACUUCAACAAACCUACUGUUGAAACUGACACAACGUCUCCAGAUGAGCGUGGAUUGAUGAUUAAGGGAGAAGAUCUCAAUCCAGAAAGUCCAGCAACAAAAGAAGACAAAAUACUAUCACAAACUACCAAUAACAUCAAACCAAAAGAUGGCCUACAGAAUCCUGAAGACACAAGUGCUGCUAAAACCGUUACAUCACCUGAUAACAAUGUGCCACACAAUAACGGUCCAACUCAAAAGGCAGAACCAAGCCCAGGUGCAGCUACAGCUGAGCUACCCCAACCUGGUGAACAAGGUCUAAUCAUCAACGGCCAAGAUAUUGAACCACAAGGUACGCAGCCUACUACACGUCUUCCAAAAGUAACCAAGGUUACUGACAUAUUCAAGAAUACCAAAGAACAACCUUUGUCAGAAUCUGUCACCCUCGGAACUCCUCAACCCAAUGAGCAAGGUUUAAUGAUUAAUGGUCAAGAUAUUCAUCCUGAGCCAGAAACAACUACUGAACUAAACACAUCAGAAGAAGAAGCUAACAAGUUAACUACCACUUCAAAUAUAGCCCAAACCCAUCAACCAACAGAAGGCUUAAAAGUUAAAGUUAAAGAUGGUAACUCAAGAGAACCUACUACAGCUUCUAGUCAACCUCAACAGCCUAGUGUGUCAACUGCAGCUUCUGCUACCCUAGAAACCCCUCAGCCAAACGAACAAGGUUUGAUAAUCAAUGGAGCUGAUGUACAUCCAGAAACUUUGCCUACAAAUAAGCCAUCAGAAGCAAGCACAACGUCUCCUACUCCAGAAGUCAAUGAUCUUCCAGAAAGUCCAGUCUCACCUACUAGCAACAAAGAACAUCAAAGAACUUUGACAACAGGUACCGGAAAAACAAAAGAUGAACCAAAAUUGCCAUUUACAUUAGAAACACCACAACCGAGUGAGCAAGGACUAAUGAUAAACGGUCAAGAUUUGCACCCAGAAACUUCAACACCAACUGCUGGCAGUGAAACGACCGAAAACACAACCUCUGGCAAUGAAGUGACUUCUGAAGGAAUAACUUCUAAAAAGCCUUUAUCACUACCAAUCACUGUGGAAACUCCUCAACCAAAUGAACAAGGUCUGAUAAUUAAUGGAGCUGACGUUCACCCAGAGACAACCAGUUCAGCAACCGUUUCCACUGACGGAAAAAUUACUUUCAAUAAUACAGUGAUUAGUACAACACCAGCAAUGUUGACAGAAGAAACACUUCAACCGAAUGAGCAAGGUCUGAUGAUUAAUGGAGCUGACAUUCACCCUGAAGCAACUCCAGAAUCUACAACUUCAGUAAACAUAAAAGGUACUGAGCCGGCUACAAAAGACAACGUAAAAACAACUAUGAUACCGACAGUAGAAACACCCCAACGUAACGAACAAGGCUUGAUGAUCAAUGGUGCUGACAUUCAUCCUGAGACACCAAGUGCAACAAAUGGUGUCACAAACUCAAACACAUUAGAGUCCACAACUGUUGCAACAGAAGGUAACACAUCUAGUAAUAAAAUCGUCAAAGUAACCACGUCAUCUUCAACCAUCGAGACCCCUCAACCAGACGAGCAAGGUUUGAUGAUUAAUGGAGCUGAUAUUCAUCCUGAAGUCAUUGAGACUACAACACCUAAAGUAGAAUUGGAAGGCUCAACACCAAGCAACAAUAUUGUAGACAAAGCAAGAUCACCGUCUACUGCAGAGACCCCUCAACCAGAUGAGCAAGGUUUGAUGAUUAAUGGAGCUGAUAUUCAUCCUGAAGUCAUUGAAACUACAACACCUGAAGGAGAUAAUUCAACACCAAACAGUAACAUUGUAGACAAAACAACAUCACCAUCUACAGUAGAGACUCCUCAGCCAGAUGAGCAAGGUUUAAUGAUUAAUGGAGCUGAUGUUCAUCCAGAAGCAACAAGUCCAUCAACUGGUGUCACAGCUAAAGAAACUACUCCAAGUAGUACUAUUAUCAGUAGAACAACAUCGUCAUUAACAGAAGAAAUAUCUCAACCAAAUAAACUUAACCUAACAAGACCACCAGCUACUAUAGAAACACCACAGCCAGAUGAACAAGGUCUGAUGAUCAACGGUGCUGACAUUCAACCAGAAACCAAUACCGCCUCUACGGUUCCAGAAUCAGUAAAAACAACAGAAUCCACAAGUGAGAAGAUCAACCAACCUGCAGCAUCUACAACUAUGGAGACUCCGCAACCUGAUGAAGAAGGUUUGAUGAUUAAUGGAGCUGAUAUUCACCCAAUUACUCAACAAACUACAGAGAUUGCAUCAACAGUAGCCCCAGUUGAAGUCACGACAAGUGACACCCCAGUUGAAGUGUCAACAACAACUGCUCAAACUUUGGGUCAAGAUCUGUCGACUUUGGAGCCAAGCACGGUAAACACAGAAACAGUAGCAACACCAAAGGCUUCAAACCCAUGGUCUGUGACAACAGUAAAAACUUCUCUCCCAGAAAAGGAAGAUAUGACAGAAAACCAAGAAAAGACCCCAAUUGCUACAGAAUCUUCAACUUUGUUUGAAACGAGCCGAACUACUGAAGAACUUGGAGUUACCAAAUUGUCUAAAGAGAUUACAGAAGGAACAACAGCUGAAAGUGUUGUCCCAUCCUCAACAUCGCCUUUGGAAAUAGAUAUUCCAGAAGAAGAAACUGAAGAAGUUAACAAGGUCGAGCUGCUAAAAAGAACUGAUAGUACGACAACAAGUACCAGUGAUAAAACAACGCUUGAAGUUACAACUGCCGCAACUUCCACAACAAAAGAAGAAGCUUUAAUCUUAACAGAACCUUCUACUACAUCUCCAGAAGAAGUUUUAGUUACAGAAAAGGCUCCGUCUGAUAAAUUACAAGUUGUGACCACUGAUGCUGAUGUUACAACAUUAAGCAUAACAGCUGACCGCUUUGAACCAACAGUGCCAACACUUAAAACUGAAAAGCCUCAAACAGAAACUGAAGAAACGACACAAAGCAUUGAAACUACUGAUACUGAAACAGUUCCACAAGAAACAACAACAUCAACAACGUCAGAAUUCAUAAAUAUUUCAACAACCCUGCUUCCAGAGAAUGAAGAACCAGAAGAAUCUAGUAUUGUCAAAGAAACUACAGAGUCAAUCAUAAGUCUAACACCAGCAACGCCCAAACCGGUCGACUCAACUCCAGAAUCAGCAAUAAGCACAACUGAAAGUAUUAGUACUACUGAUCUUACCAAGGGAAAAAUCAGCACUAUUCAAGUGUUGAUAUCCUCGACGCCGACGCAAUCUACUGACAUUACCGACGCAAUUCCUAAUGAACAGCCUGCUAGUUCAUCUAGUACUGAGCUGACUACACAAACACCUACUUCUCCAUCAUCCGAAGCAAGUAAAAUGGUUAAAUCAAGUACUACAACAUCGGAAUUGCAUUCUGAAAGCUCUAAAUCAACUGAAUUUGAGAAAACAACGUUGAAUCCGACAGAAAGUAAACCUACUGUUAGCUUUACUGGUAGUAGCAUCACGAUUGCAUCAACGGAAGCUACACUAACUUCAGAAGAAACGUCAUCAUCUACAUUAGCAUCAACAUCUGACGUAAACAAAGAAAACGAAGUAACAGUCAAAACUCCAGAAACAACCAAAUCGGCUAAUAUUGCAACUACAUCCUCAACUGUAGAAAUAUCUUCAAAAACAAAUGUAAAUGAAGAAACAACCAUGACGAACAAAGAAACAACUUCAAUACCCAAUGAAGUCAACCUUCCUGAAACAAGCAGUAGAAGCUCUAGUACUGCGGCUAAAACUGCGGAAGAAGUUACACAGCCAGCUAAACAGAUUACUGUCACAGAAAAUUCACCUACAACUACUGUUGACACUAGUGAACAAACGUCAGUACCAACCACAAGCAUAACUGAAAAGCCAGAAGACGCUGCUACAACUGCUAUUGAAGAUUUAAUUACAUCAACGCCAGGUAAAGAAGAUUCUGAAACUACAGUACCACCAGUCAACGCCCUACCUGAAGAACCACAAGUAUCUACUGAAGCGUCUAAAACAACACCACAUGACAUCACUGAAAAAGUUACAGUAAAAACAGAAAGUUCUUCAAAGCCUUCCAUUAUUGGCGUUACUGCUGAGAAGAAUUCAGGAAGACCAAAAGAACCCGAAACAACUUUGCCAGAGAAUAAAGCCGAGAAGACCACUCCAACAACAAAAGCAAAGUCAUCAACAGUAAGACAAGAAGAAGAAACAACUUCUAAAGCAGCUGUUAUGACUCCAGGGAGCACUGUUGAAACAAAACCAACCACAAUAAAAGAACCAGCCUCAGAGAAGGUAACUAAGGCUUCUAUUGAAAGUAAUACAGUAGUUUCUGAAAGCACGACAAUACUUUCUGAACAAACAGCUCAACCAACAAGUAAUGGUAAUGGACUCACUGAUACACCAUCACCUACUUCUGGUCACACUGAAACAACAACUAGUUCAUCUAACGUAGGUAACGUAGAAACAACACCAAAUGCAUUGAAUGAAAGCUCAAAAACUACAGUAAAUGAUAAAACGUCAGAAACUACAGUCAACCCGCCAGAAGACACCGUUCAGACUGAAAAACUAAGGAAUCAACAGAUCUUCCAUGAAGGAGCUGCUACUGAACCAGUGAACAAUGGUAGACAUGGCACAAGACAUCCCAAAGUAGUCAAUGUUGAAACUACUACCACUGCAGUAAUAAAUGACAGUAGACAAACAAAUGCACCAACAACUACUACUACAGAAACUAAAGAUGAAGUCACAAAUUCAGAAGUAACUACUUCUGAAAGUAAAGAACCAAUUGAUUUAAUUAACAAAGUUUCUACAGAAAACCCAAAAAGUCAUCCAGCAACCUCAGAAGCUUCAGUUAUUACCCCAUCAACUGAAUCAAUACCUGAACUUGAAGUCUCUGAAGCCUCAACGUAUUCUCCAGAAAGCACUGACGCUCCAUUCGUACCAAGUACCAAUCUACCAAGUACAACUACUGAAUAUAUGUGUACAGAAGACUGGACUAACUAUUGUAAGGUUCUGAACAGAACAUGUUACGCUGAUGCCCGAACAGAACUGCUACAGUGUGGAGAAUGCUUACAAGGUUACAGUAUGAUCAGCGGCGAAUGUGUCAAUGUAAUUGAUGUUGAUAAGUUGACAACUGAAGGCUUUGUUCCUCAUGAAGUUACUGAAGCUAACGGCAAAGAUACUGAAGCUAAGUCAACUGUAGGUAACGAUGAACCAACUACUGAAGAAAUGGCACGAAUUGAACCAGAAACAACAACGUUAGAAAGUAUAUUAACAUCAACACCAAGAGUUUUACUCUACACUCAAGAAAACGUUGUAUCAUCUGCUGAACCUGAGAAUCUUGAAUUAGAAACUAAGACAGAACAUGACCAAAGUCAGUCUACUUCUACAAUGCCAACUGAAUCAAGUCCUAAAGUCACAACACCAUCUACGACGCCACAAGUUAGUUUUGAAGCUACAAGGAACGACCAAGAAGCUAAAAUAACAUCAAUUCCGUCUGACAUAAACUCUACUAUUUUGCCUAGAGAUACGAUAAUCAAUAAUGAAAGAGAAGGCGAAACAACAGCCAAUUUACCUGAAAAGGAAGCAGAACAAACAACAAUUUCAAGAGAAACACCUAGAUCGUCAUCUACAGUGGAUACAUCAACGUCUGAAGCAGCUAUAACUUCUAAACCAACAUCUAAACUAUUUGAAACUUCAUCAUCAACUAGAAGCAUUAUGACCCAAAAGACAACAAAACUAUUACCUAAACCAACAAUAAAGACAGAUAAAACACCAAAUAAUGAAGAACAUGCUAUAAAAACAACCACAGAUCAACCAACCUCUUCUCCUGCAGAAAGCAGCGAAGCUUCAGCUGCUCCAGAGCCAUCGCGAACAGUAACGAAAGCUCCAAUGGUUCCACAAACAACACGCGGCGUUGUCUCCAGAAUUCCAGAAGUAAUUGUGACUGAAGAACCUGAAAUUAAGAUUGAAGAUGGUGAAAACUUUGAGAAUGUUAAUAAUGAACAACAGUUCAGCACCACGGUAAGUUAUAUUUUCCUAUUUUUAUCCGAAAAUUAAAUUCAAAAUUUUUUAGGUAACAAAUUGAAAGAAAAUUAUGUUUUAGCGGUUCUUUCCACUUUUUAUAGCUAUUGCUUCAAAAUUUCGAUUAAAACAGAAUUUUUAAAAUUUUAGGUAACAAAUCAAUUUAUAAAUAUUAUAUUCCCGACCUCUUUUUUUGCUAAUUUAUAUUGUUUUAGAUAGAAACACUCAUUUCAACCACCGUUGUGUCGACUGUUCCAUCCUAUUUUGAAUGCUUGUCUUCUGAUGAAUGUGGACACGAUGCUCAUUGUGACAGAAUCUCUGGAAAAUGUGAAUGUAAUAAAGGAUUCAGGCUGGAGAACGAUAUUUGUGAAGGUAAGGACGGAAUGUCAACUUUAUUUUUCCAAAAAUAAAAUUGCGCCAAAUAUUUUCUUUGAAAAUAAUAUUUUCGAAACGAUUUGACAAAAUGUUUAUUCUUUUUACAUUUUUCUAAACUCUUUUCAUUUCCAGAUGUCAAUGAAUGUUACGAGAACACCCACAAAUGCCAUGUCAGUGCAGUUUGUCGCAACUACAUCGGUGGCUACACAUGUGACUGCCCAGUUGGCUGGCGUUUGAAUCCUCUGAAUCAAUGUAUUGAGAUCAACGAAUGCGAAGAGAAGACAGCUACAUUGUGCCAUAGUAACGCUUCUUGUGUUAACAUUCCUGGAAAUUACACUUGUCAAUGUAACGAAGGCUUCAAAGGAGAUGGCUACAAUUGUUUUGGAGGUAAUUUGAGACAUUGUAACGAUCAAGAAUUGGCUCUAACAACAUGUCCUCAUACUCAUUUAUGUUUGAUCGACUCGAUUGGUCGGGAAUCUUGUGAUACUUGCAAAUCUGGCUAUGAAAUGAAGGAUGGUAGAUGUGUGGAUGUAAAUGAAUGUAUAAACGAAGAUACUAACAGGUGUAAUGUUAAUGGAUUGUGUAUAAACAUACCUGGAAGCUACAUCUGCCAAUGUCAGAACGGCUACAAGGGAGAUGGCUACGAUUGUCAGGAUAUAAAUGAAUGUGAGACGAUCACACCAUGUCAUCCAUUGGCAUCUUGUAGUAACUUGAAUGGCACUUACAUGUGUACAUGUCCUGAGGGUUGGAUGGGAGAUGGAAGAUAUAAAUGUGUUAAUCCAGCUGAUACCAAGUGUGAUAGAAAAGAAGAUGUUUGUAGCAGUCAGAAGUUCCAUUCUUGUUUGAGCGUGAAUGUAAAGGAAGAUACGAAGUCUUUCUGUGAAUGUGAAGCUGGAUAUCGGUACAACAAUGUUACUAAGCAAUGUGACGGUAAGUCUAUUAUCUACUAUAACAUAAAUUUAUCUACUAUAAUAUAAUAAAUAUAAUAGAAAACAGAUUCAAAAAUUACUAUAGUUUUUAUUCUUGUUUAUUUUAAUAUUUAUCAUCUAAAAAUGGCUAAAAUUUAUUAAAAUUAGUUUAUUUUAGAUAUUGACGAAUGUAAAGAGAACCGAAACAACUGUUACCUUCAUACCUCAACAUGUUUGAACUAUAUGGGCGGCUACGAAUGUGAUUGUAAGCCAGGAUACGAAGGUCAGAAUGGAGUAUGUGUUGAUGUAGAUGAAUGUGCACGAGGUACCCAUUCGUGUCAUCCAUCAGCUGGUUGUGUCAACGAAAUUGGCAGCUAUCGAUGUGAAUGUCUCGAUGGUUAUAUUGGAGAUGGAAGAUACUGUAAUGGAGUUGUAAAAGAGGCUUCUGUAGGUAAUCCUCGUGGUACUGUAUUGUCUGGCACAACUCGUAGCGCUGAUAAAACUACUACAACAACACAGGGACUUCCAGAAGCUAUAUUUACAGAUGGAACUUCUAGUAGCGCCUCAUUUGAAUCAACGACUCCAUCAUCUACCAUAUCAUCUGAUAUAGCAUCUUCUACUGUUCCGACUACGAAAGUAGCAUUAAAUGAACCACCACAACCUUCUUCUGAAGCUGCUGCAUCUAAAGUGUCUACAGCUACUUCAAUGUUCAUUCCAAGUCGUCUUGAAUGUACUGAAGAUUGGAAGAAUUACUGUACUAGUUUGAACAAGUACUGUUAUGUUGAUAAUGAAGAGAUACUACAAUGUGGUGGAUGUUUGGAAGGAUAUCACCCGGUCAAAGGAGAAUGUAUACGUAAGUUGCAGGUUAUACUAUCUUGUUGUGUAGUUUUUUGUAUUAGAAGCAUUGAAGGAAUUUUUUCAUUGUAUUAUUAUGAUGUUUUAUAUAGUUUUGUAAGUUACUGUUGUGAAGUUUUAUUAAAUACGGUGUAUAAUAUUAUAUUUUAGCUCAAUUGGGAGUAGGAAACUGUAGAGAAAGCAACAAUUGUAACAAGAACGCCGAUUGUAUUGAUGUGGUAUACAACAGGCAUAGCUGUGUGUGUAAAAAAGGUUAUGUUGGCGAUGGACAUCACUGUGAUGGUAAGUUUUGUGUGAAAUUAAGCUUUGUAUUCUUAUAAUUUUAUAUUUUCUAUGUUACAUACAAAGUUCUUAUUUAUUUUAACUGAGUAAUGUUUUUUUAUUACAAUAGCAUCAAGCCUUUAAAAGUGCAAAAAGCUAUUGUAAGUUGAAGAAUAAUGUAUUAAACUAAUACCACCUCACUUAAGAUGUCAACGAAUGCACAAUGCCCGGACUAUGUGAUGCCAAUGCUGAAUGUAACAACAAGGAUGGGUCAUUUGAGUGCAGUUGUAAACCCGGCUAUGUUGGUAAUGGCUUCUACUGCAUCAAAUAUGAAAACACUGGAAAUAUGACUAACUGUAAUAUUAAUCAUCGACUCUGUCAUCCUAAGGCACUAUGUCUCAUCGAUGGAUCUUGUCAAUGUUUGGCUGGAUACACUGGAGACGGAAUUGCUAAGUGCAAUAUUUUAGGUAAUUUUUGUAGAAAAUUAAUGAAGUUUGGAGCUGUUCUUGUCUUUUUUAAAGAUCUCGUUGACUUUUAAACUUAAAUGUUGUCAAUUAUCAUAAAUUGAUAACAUAAUAAUAAUUUCAGAACCUACCUCAACGUCUUCUCAACCUGAACUUCCAAGUCAGAACAAUGGAUAUGAUGAACCUGAUCAAUCAAAUAAACAAGUCUCGUCUUCAACUGUGUCUUCUGAUUCUCUGCCUACUCAAUCACCACAAACCCUGUCUGUAUCUUUGUCUACUCGUACUAAUCAGCACGAGCAAACUUAUAUUGUACCCGAGUCAAAGAAGGUAACACCAAAUUGUGUAUUGGACAAGGAAAUACGAUGUCAUCCGAUGGCGAGCUGCAACAUGUUCAGCGGACAAUGUAAAUGUAGACCUGGAUACGAAGGAGAUGGGUUCACAUCUUGCAGGUGGGUCAUUUUUUAGAAGCUUAUAUUAAUUUGACCUUUUGGGAAAUCGUUGCUUUAUCUUAUUUUAUCUUUUUAACAUAGUAAUUGUUGUAGAUUGAAUACAUUGUUUGUAAUUGAUCCAAUUUUUAUCUUUUUCAGUCGCAUAUGGGAAGAUUGUCGUUCAGAUCAACAUCUUUGUGACUUCAAUGCCAGAUGUAACCAAACUUUAGGCCAAUGUGAAUGUAGCCCCGGCUUCAUUGGAGAUGGAAUGUCUUGUACGCCAGAUCGUCUUGACUGUUCUACAAAUACAGAAUUGUGUAGCGAGUUUGCCGACUGUGUAGGUAACAGAUGUAAAUGUAAAGAAGGCUACUCGGGAGAUGGUAUGAUGUGCUUCUCGAUGUCACCAAAGCUGUCGCGACAAGAUUGUCUCAACUGUCAUUGUAGAGCUGACUGUGUUCAAGGUGAAUGUAAAUGUCAGACGGGAUUUACUGGAAAUGGCAUCGUAUGUUUGCCUGACGUAUACGAUUGUAUCAACUACCCUGGAGUUUGUCACAACAACGGUUACUGUAACAAUGCUACAAGAAAGUGUGAAUGUAAAGCUGAAUAUGUUGGCAAUGGCUACGAUUGUACGAUACGAAAUUCUUGUUCGCAGUACCCAUCGUUAUGUCAUUCUGACGCUGAUUGUCUGCCAUCUGGACAAUGUCAAUGUAGAUUUGGGUUCUACGGAGAUGGUAUGCACUGUAAACAAGAUAUUUCGUACAAGGAGUUGACUCAAGUGAAGGUAAUGGACACACCGUCACCUGAAUGCUCAUCUUAUUGCGGCUACAAUCAGGAAUGCUUCAAUGGGGCGUGUAGAUGUAGAAGUGGAUAUUCAGCUAAUUUGAAUGGAGUUUGUGUUGGUAUGUUGUUUUACAUCAAGUCACAUAGUUAUGAUUAUAUUAAUAUUGUUUUUUUUUUGAGUAUGUAGACUUUACUUUGUAGUGGUUCGUUACUAUGUAUAUAUGUAUCAAAGUUUAAUAAGUUUUGGGAUAAUAUACAUUGUUUCAAGAACAAUGUUACUAUGUACAUAUGUAACAAUAUUAUGACUUAUACUUAAUUCUGAGAAUUUUAUUUUAUGUACAUAUACUCAAUAUUAAUAUUGUAGAUGUUGAUGAAUGUUUGUCUGGGGCCAGUGGCUGUUCUGCGAAUGCUAAAUGUAGAAACACAGAAGGAUCGUAUGAAUGUAUAUGUCCGAAAGGGAUGUCAACAGAUGGUAGAUCCUGUUACUCCCUUGAACAAACGUAUACUGUACUUGGAGUACAAGUACAAUGUGAAGCUGAUGGUAUGAAAGUCACCUUCUCUACUCUACCACGACCAUUUACCGGUCGAAUCUACGUAAAAGGACAAACUGACAACACAUAUUGCUCUAGAAAUUACGGUAACGAAGAAACAUACGACAAUAGUGUCAGUAAUCGUCAAAACUACGGUGGUGUGACAUCGGAUGGCAAUGUAAUCUUCAAAGUAGACGUAUCACACUGUAACGUCGACAUGAAGGUGAACAACACUUUGUCUACAACUCUGAUCGUACAACGUCAUCCUACCUUUGUGACUUCUGAAGCAGAAUCUUACAAUAUCCAAUGUAUGUAUCCAUUGGCCGAAAGAGACGUCUCGGCUAAGUACGGUAUUGCUGAUGUAGAACCAAAAGAUACGAUAGCAGAAGACGGAGUAUCCCCAAUGUGCCAGUUCAGUGUGAAGAAUCUGGAAGACAUUAGAGUAGAUCAGGCUUUGGUUGGUCAGGUUUUGAAGCUAACUCUCACCGUGGCUCCAGAGCCGGAAUACGCGAUUCAGCCCCGGAACUGCUACGCUAUAAAUCUAGAGACUAACGAUCGUCAUCAGCUCACAGACGAGGCUGGGUGUGCCAUAGACACAGAACUGUUCCCAGAGUGGUCGAGAGUCUCGAAGAGUCGACUUCAAGCUACCUUCAGGACAUUCAAGUGGCCGGAGAGCUCUAUGGUCAGGUUUGAAUGUUAUUGUACACCGUGCUUGAACGAAUGUGCCGAGAACGAUUGUGGAAAGAGGAAGCAGAGAUUGUCACGACAUAUUGGGGACAAGAGUGAUAAGGAUCUUGUUCUUGACAAUAGUACAUUGACGUUCUCUCCAGUGGUCAAGGUCACUGAAGAUGAACAUGAACGACAAGUGCAACGAGAGUUUGAACUCUGGCUGGCUCAAGGUAAAGUUGUAUCUUUAUAUUAAGUAAAGGACCGUAGCGUCUUCAUGAGAAGAUAGAUAACAUAUUGAUGACUUAUUUACUCUAUCUUAAACUCUUUAAUUUUCAGAAGAACUAGUAACCUAUACAACGACAUCUGAUGAGUACGUGUGCAUGAGUUCAGUAUGGACUAUAACAACAUUGAUUGCAAGUAUACUGUCAAUUGUCACAUUACUUACUGUAUUCUUACUGUAUACGAAGAAAAUGACGGCUAUAGAAAAGGAAAGGUCAUGUGACUACAUGAUCGACGAUAACGUGUCUUAUAUUCAAUUUUAA